CCCCGCGCGCACUGUAGAAGCAUGUUGCUGCUUCGAGGCUUCCGCUAAAAGUUCUCUGCAGCUAAACUGCAAUACUGCAUCUAAACCUAAAUGGUUUAUAGGAUUUCUGUCUGGUAGGAAACGUUAGUCAUGAUUUCUGAAGAUGACUGAAAACUUAAAGACAAAAUUUGGAUUCCCAAGCACACUCAUUCAAGCUCAGGCUGUGAGGUCCUUGAUCACUUCAGUACUUAAAGAGAAAGGCCUAAAUGAGAAGAUUUCUCAAACCAGCACUAAAGGCAGAGCGCUGGAGACUCUAUGGGAGCAGUGCAGCAGUGAUGAUACUGUCGUCCGCUCAGCCUGCUGUGAUGCUCUUGUGCUGCUUGUGGACCAGGAACAUGCCGAUCUGCAAUAUGUCCUCAACACCACCCUCAACCUUUUGCCCUCUGCAAGGAAUGUUCAAGGGCUCAUAAAAGUUGUCGGGAGGUUGUUACAAAUUCAAGCAAGUCGACGAGAUAAUGGAGUGAACUUCAUCUGUCCAUAUUCAAUCAGAAGCUUCCCACACCCCUACAUCACAAUAAUGGAAAACCGUCCUGACUGCUGGCCCGCCCUGCUCCAGGAGAUUGACGAUUUAAUUCAGCUGGCUGGUGAUAGAGACGAGCCAGUGUUUGUUGAAAUGUUGGUUCCUUUUCUCCGCUACCUGUAUUGCGAGCCGCAGAGGUUAUCAGAAAAUGCCCUGCUUAGACACAGUCUCCUCAGGGUCCUGCUUCAGCCACGAGGGGCUUCUCAGUCUGAUAGCCAGCUAGGCAAAGGGCCGACUGGCACUAGGGUGGGCCGUGAACUGAUUCGCAGCCUCUUUGACCUGUUUCCGUACAUGCUGGUGGACAGUGUAACAGCAUUGGUGGAGUUCGGCUCUUUUGUAGAGUCUCUGAGCUCUGCUCUGCUCACCGAUCCAAGUAUCUGGAAGAAGGAACUGCCCCAGCUUGCUCUUCAGCUAUUGUGUGCCUGUCACCUCAGUGUGCAACUGGGAGGAGAACUGAUGUCUCUGCUUCACACACUCCACCAGCUAAUACCUGCAUAUACAGAGGAACUCCCAUCUGAGCAGGUGAUAAUGAGCAUCUCCCUGCUUCUUCUUAGAGCUUCCACCUCCCAGCAAACUGCUCUCCUAGAGCUCGCUGUGAAGAUUGUGCCACCUGAGAUCUGUCCUCCACCAGGCUCUUCUGUGCUGGUGAUGCCCUUGUUGCAGGUUCUUUCCUGCUCCACCCUUAUGGAAGCUCUCACAGAUGCUGAAACACAUACCAAGACUAUUAAACUGGCCAAUUCACUCUUACAGACGAUUCAGAGAGAACCAUCUGAUCAAAAAGAGAAGUCCACACAACUGAGCUUGCCUCUCAGCACCUGGUACAGUGAGCUUCAGGUGGCCACCAGUGUCCUACACCGCAUUUCCAAGGACUCCAUGUGUGCUAUGGAAUGGCUUUACUCUCUGCAGUCUUCACUGUCUGUCUGUGAGCACGUCCCAAAUGCCGUUUGUCUUCUGAUAUCACAUCUCAUUGUCUCCAGUGAUGGGGACCUCUGCCGGUUAGCACUGGACACAGCUGCUGCAAUUGCAGAGGUCGACCCUGCAAAGGUGCCUUGUCUACUUCCUGUCCUAAUGUUUAAACUCAACAGAGUAUCUGAUCCGGUUUUGUCUCACUCGGUUCUCUAUACUAUGCCAAGACUGGGAACCCACAAGUUCUGUAUCCCGCAAGUUCUUCAUAUACUCCAGACACUGGGCAGUUCACCUAGACUGAGGCCUAUGGCUCUGCGGCUCCUGGUUCUCUUAUGGAAAAAGCAGGAUCGUGUGUAUCCAGAUCUGCAGAGACUGAUGUCACAGUUAGAUAGAUCCUCAGUGGUCUUGGGAAAAGACACUCAGUGGGAGCAGAUAUUGGCUAGAGCAGCCUGUGUCAGAGAUAUCUGCAGAGAGAGGCCUUACCAGCAUGGAGGAGACAUGCUAUCAGCCAUCACUGAGACACUGACACAGUUCUCCAGGAAGGAUCAAGCUACCCCUGCUGCUCUCACACUGCAGGGCUUAAAGGAGCUCUGUAGGGCUGAGGUAGUUGAUAUCAUCUCUACAUGGAGGGCACUCUCUCCUAAACUAUGCUGUGACACCAGACCUAUGAUUCUAAAGGCCACAGCUGAUCUUUUGUCAUUGGUACCUGCUUUGAAUGUAAAAACUGAAGAAUAUGAGAAAUUCAAAAGCGAGACAGUCAGUGUUUUGUGGGGAUACGCUCUUAGUCAGGACCCAGAGGUUGCAAGCCAUGGUUUUAAAGCUCUUUCAGAGUACCCCGAGACAUCUCACAUCCUCCUGCAUCUUCCAGAGCAGGCCAGACCUGUACCAAAUCAAUCUGACAAUGAGGUUGAAAGGAAGGACAAUGAGAAUGAAGAGGAGAAAGAUGAAGAUAUUUCCGUGCCAGGAUCAUCAUAUGUUAAGCUAGUUCGAUUCACACCACAACCAGUUUUACCAGCUCUUGAGACCUUCCUAACAGCUUUGGUGAGGCAGGAGAUGAACCAAAUGCCCCGUGGAGUGUACUAUGCAGCUCUGAGUGGGGGAACUCUGCACUCUGACCAAGGAAAAACUGCAGCUGGAAUUCCUUUAUUCAUGUUGAAAACGUACGAGAAGAAUAAGCAACCAGGCUUGAAGCCUGGCUUAGCAGCUGGGCUUCUGCUCUGUUACGACCUUCCUGUUCAGAGUGACAAAGACGGACAGCCAAUCACCCGCUUCCUUGUCAGCAGAGGGCGAAGCUAUCAACAGAUGUUAGCCACUCUUAUUCAUGAGGUGAACAUCCAGCCAUCUGAAUGGCAUCGCUCUCUGCUCCUGCCUCAAGCCUGGCGCGGCUUCAUGAGCCGUGCAUACCAUGCACUCAUCCAGGGUCGGAAGGCAGAGCUGGCAAUGCUACAGACACAGGGUAAAGAGAAUCCAGAGGAGCUACAAUACAAACAACAUUGGGCCUGGCUCUGGGUCAGAGACCAGCUGACUGAUGUGGUCAAGUCUGCCACCAAAGAUAGUCCUGUUGUUCAGGGUAAUUCUAUCCUGGCACUGAGUGGCCUGGCUGUCGUCUUAACCAGAUAUGAGAGCAACCUACCUACACAAUCUGAGAGUGGGUCUGAGGUGGGCCCAGACAUCCUUCCCACAACUCAUUGGCUGUCGAUGGUGAUUGACACACUGCUCAGCAUUGUUAGCAGUAACAGUAACCCUAAAGGACAGGUCUUCCCCUGGUUCAUUCAUCGCUCAUAUUCGGGGGAGAACACUGCUAGUGUGAUCGCCCGCUCAUGUGCCGCUUUGGGCCUGGCAUUGCUGGUGCCCGUGCUGGUGACGUCACGCAGGGAGAGUGUGCCUGCUGUACUGAGCACUCUGGCGGCGGGGCUCCCUGGCUCGCCCACUGCAGAUGAAUCUCAGGCGGUUCAGCUCCACAGCGGGCUGGCUUUGGGCAUGUUUCUAGCUUGCCUGCACAAUGAAAGAGUCAGUGAUAUAUCUGGGCGGUCAGUAGCAGAGCUGUUGAUGGAGCAUUUUCAACUGUUGGAAGCUUGCUGCUUCAAAACACAUUUGGAAUACAACGCUGGUUGCGUGUUAGGUGUUGGGUUGGUCCUGAGUUCACUCAGCAGCAGCAGUCAAUCUGAACAUGAGCGAUGCUGUGUGUCUCUCACAUUGGACAGACUUCUGCAGACCUUUCACGACAGCAGCAGUAUGAGCCGCGUGCAACAAGAGGUUUGGGCCUUUUCUGUGGCGUGUGUUGGAGUAUCAGCAUUUAGCUCAGGAAUUAUUGAGGCCAGUAAGGCAGAGGAAACCAUGAACAUACUUCGCUCUCUAACAGAGGAAAGUCAACAGACACCAGGCUUUGCCUUGGCAUUGGGGCUGACGGUUAAUGGUCUCUCUUCUUGUGGUCAUGGUAAAGCUGUUGACAUCCAACCUCGUCUGUUGGCGGCCUGGACCAAGAUACUACUGGCAGAAGGAUGUCCCACAAUGCAGAGGCUGUCUGCCCUCAAUGGACUAGUUGCUUUGGUUGGAUCUGAGACGGCUCUAAUUCCGCUGAAGUGCGAAUCAGAGCAGUCUUCACAACAGCAGAGCAGACUGAAUGAGGUUAUCCGAGCUAUUACACAGAUCAUCACCUUCUCUGGAACGAUUGGUCUGCAGUCAAAUGGGGCCUGUCUGCUCGGACACCUGCAUCUGGCCCACAUGUGCAGUAGCCACAGUCGAACCGCAGUUCCUCAGGACUUUGGAUAUCUUACAGAAAAAAGUGUCAUCCGGGCAUGUGUCGACUUUAUCACUGAAGCAGGGAGGAAAGGGCCAGAGUUUACUCCUCCACAUUUCGUAAAGACAGUCAUGGCAGCAUUAGCCACAGUUGGUGCAAAUUUCCAGUAUCCUCCCAUCAACUGGAAUGCAGUUCUCUCCCCGCUAAUGAGACUCAAUUUUGGUGAAGAGGUCCAACAUCACUGUUUGGAGUUAUCCAGCAUUCAGGCCCAGACUUCCCAAAGUGCUUCACUUUUCCUCAGCAUUUGGAUUGUGCCACCCCUUGUUCAUAGUCUGAGUCUCCGCACAAGAGCUUAUCUCUACGAGUGUUUGUGCUACUGGAUGAAACAUGUAGCUGAAGAAAAACUGCAAGUGUAUUUGGACUGCCUGGCAGUCCAGCAGUUUGAGGCAGACAUACGUCCCCAGCGAAUGCCCCUCUGCCCCUCCAUCCUGCGUGGCCUGUCCAAAGCUUUGGCUGUUCCCAACUCUUCUCAGAGCUGCUGGAGCAGCCUGUACUCCACUACCGAAAAGAUCUACAACCUCUUACCUGAUAACAUACAGGCUGGGGAGGGGGACCUGUAUGAAGAAAUAUGUUUGUGUCUAUUUGAACUAAGUGACACAGAGAUAGACCGCCUAGUCAAAGUAACUGAGGCUAAUUUGGAAAAAACAGCUUUCAUCCUGUCCUACUUGACUUCUAAAGGCAGAGUCCCUCUCCUUGGCCUUAAUGAUGUCAUCAGUACCAUUCUUCAAGUGGGGAAUAAAGAACGAAUCAGCUGGCUUCUCCUGCAGGGCCUCCACCAGUCACGCUUUGCCUCGAGUGCCAAUACAGGUGUCUCUAAGAGAAUGGAGUGGCUAUUAGAGCUAAUGGGCCAUAUCAGAAAUGUUGCAUAUGGAUCUCCCUCCGUUAAAUGUGUCAAUGUUAUAGAGGGGACAGAUUUUCUGCUGAAUGUGUUUGCUGCAGCAGUGGUGUCUUGGGCUGACCAUUGUGCACCACUUCUUGUUGGAAUCAGAGCUCAGUGGUUUCCCUGGCGACAGUCCUCUCAGACAUUAGGACUGGUCGACGAUCUCUAUGUCAGCCCUGCCUCCACUGAGCUGUCAGUGGCAUCAUGCUUAAUUGGAAUUCCAUCCAGUAUUAAGGAACUACUUGCCAAAGAGCCGUGGAAGUCUCAGUUACAGAAAUUCAUUGACUGGCUCUUCAGUAUCACCGAACAUCCUGGGCAGGGUUUCUCAAAGACUGCCAUCUGCAUAGCCAAAGCUUCAUUGAUGGCUCUGAGAACCACUCCUGAGUUCAAGAAGAAGGUUGUGUGGACCAGGGCUUACGGCUGGUGAUUUUCAUGAUCCAUUCAUUGAUAUCUAUUUUGUGCAUACAAAAUAUCUUGCUUAAUCGUCUAUUUGAAGAAGAAAGUAAAACAAAUGUUUAAUUAGUUAAACAAUUGUAUUGUUAGACUGUCUGGCACACUGGCAUGUUUACUCACUGUACUUGAAAGUUUCAAAUCCAAAGUAUUCAUUUUUAUUUGCAUCCUUUAAGUGUUCACAAAACCUUUUAGCAGAUUGUUUCCCACUUUUGUGCACAAUGUAAAAUAUAUUGACCAUUUUCAUGACCAAGCAAGUAUAUGGAAUAAUAAAUAUAUCUGUGGUAUACCAAGUAUGUUUAGUAAAGGUCUCCAUGCUAUGAUUUUUCUAUUUUAAAAAAGUACAAAUAAAUGUAUUUUAAUUGCUGGGUAUGUGUAACAUUACUAUAAUAAGCCUUAAAAAAUGUAUUAUUGUCAGUUGUAGCAGCAGUUUUAUUUCAGUGUUUGGCAAAGUUUGCAUCAGGAAAUACUGACGUGACGAUACUCUUGUUGUUCUUGUUUAUGAACAAUGACACAAUGAUUUGUCAUUCUGGUGGCACUGAUUUUCAUUGACAUAAAUAUAAAACUAAUAACAUAUACUUAACUUAAACUUAACUAUAAUUUAACAUAUUUAUUUUAGAUUAAAGAAUAAGAUUUUUCAGGCAAUCCAGCCUACAACAUUUUUUUCACAAUGUCUAAAAUAAAUUGUGUGAUGCUGUUUGUAUAAAUUGUUUUAAGAGAUGCACUUACUAAUUUGCAAAUUUUAAGGAUGAUUUAACAUACUGUACCAAAGCAACUGAGA